CCCGGGGCAACCUCCAGCCAUGGUCACAGGGUGUCAUCGCAGUGGUUGUGUUUCUGGUCCUGGUGGCCAUCGCUUUCGUGGUCAAUAGGCUCUGGUGUAAGGAGAAAGUGGAAAAUGUUGAGACGGUGGUGAGCAUCGAGGACAAGCAGGAGGCUGUCACGUCCAAUGGCCAUGAAGGGAGAUACUUAACCGCAGCAGCUGACUUCAGGUCCAAAGAGAGCCAGCACGCCUACGAGAACACCCUGGAGCCCGAGGAGAGGGUGAUCACCACCGCCAUGUAG